AUGCCUGCACGACAUGACUCACCCCUUGAGCCUGAUACCACCUUCCAACCACAAUACUACUUCUUCUAUGGCACACUGAUGGACCCCGCCACUCUAGCCCAAACACUCAAGCAGACAAGAAACGGCCGACCAGAGCUCCAUCACGCCAAAAUCGUCGGCUGGAGAUGCAAGCUGUGGGGCCCGUACCCUGCGCUAGUCGCCGGCCCACCAGAUAACGUCAUUCAUGGGCGGGCCUACGAAUUGCAGUCCAUUCAGGAACGAGAUUCUCUGAUCGCAUACGAGACGGGUGUUUAUAGCUUGCGUGGGUGUGUGAUUGAAUUCGAGGAUGGGAGGUUGGUCGAGGGGAAGACGUUUGUUUGGGGGGGUGAUGGUGAUUUGCUUCGCGAGGGCACUUUUGAUCUAAAGGACUGGUUGCUUGAUCAGAAGGAAUGUUCUAUCUGA